AUGGAUUCAAAGGACUGUGACUUCAAGAAUUCUUUGAUCAAAUGUCUUCGUGGUAUGCGACAAGAACUGCGAGAGGGCAAUCCUUUCCGUGCAUACCUUUCUCAGGAUUUCAUACUCAAUUCCAACGUACCUACCAUUGAUUCGAGUACCUCUAUUAAGGACACGAAAUCAAGACCUAAAAUCGUCACUCAGAAACAAUUGCAAUACUAUACAAAGGAAAAGAUAGUCAUCCGCAUUACUGUUAGCAUUAAACAACAACUCGAAGAUAGUCAUUCGAAGAUUAUCGAGUUUUGUGCAUUAAAGCAAGCCAUUAGAUUAGUAAAGAUCAUCAAUGACUUGGCCUACUAUGCUUUCUUUAUAGCCCCUCAGGAAUUGAGACUUCAACCUAGUAACGUAUUGAAGGUUAAUUUCUCCCCAAAUAAUCCCAUUAGGAACGAGGACUGGAAUCUCACCGUGUGCGAGUCCUUCGACUGGUCUUACCAAGGGGAAUCUGUUGGGAUCUUGAAGCGUCCAUUGAUUCCACUUAACAAUGAUGCCAUCGAAAAGGACAAGAAGGCCUUCAGACCUCUCGUCGGUACAAUUCUACCAGCUGUUGACGGUACCUUGGGCGAAGAUGCUGGUCCCAGUAUGGAGCGAAUGCCAAAGAUCAACUCGAUGCCAUCGAGUACCUUCGCCGGAUCUCGCACCUGUCCUUCGUCGACAGGUCGUCAUUCGCGUUUAUCCCACUACAACAGAGACCAAUCUCCUGAUCAGUAUGGCUGA